AUGGGCGAAAGAAAAAUUGUGGUGCUUCAGCUAUCAUCAACGUGUCAAAGCACAGACAGCCGAGACGUACUGUAUCAAUAACAAUACGAUACGGAUAAUAGAUCGGCAAGAGUGUAUUGGACCUGUAGUUGACUAAACUCGACUAAAGAGGAGUCAAAAUAUACCUUUUGUAGAACUUCCAAAUAAAUGUUUUAUGCUAUGAUAUCGUUGUCUGCCCAUUUGUCCUUGUUUAAUUUCCAUUGAAAUUUACUGUUUUACAUCGAAUUCGACCCUUUCAUGAGCCCCUUCAUCCUAACCUUCAACGAUUAUUAAUAGAGAACUAAACAUUUAGCCUAAAAUUAAAAUAAAAAUUUUAAAUAUUACACAGCAAAGCUUGCAUACCUUUAGCUGCAGUGAUAUCCUCUAGUGAGUCCUGGCUUGUCUAAUGAGGUAGUAUUUUUCUGCGUUUUGCACUCGGGGCAGCAUCCACCGAUUACAAUUAGAGGCUAACUUGAGGGCCGAUCUGUCAUCUUCGAUCCCGUGUAUUAAAGCACAAUAAUUCCUCAAAUAAUGAACAAAGCUACGCAAAUUGAGAUCAUCUAAACCAUAUGCAACAUGUGUGCUCCUUUAUGUCGGCCAUUGGCUCCAAAAUCCAUAGCAACUGCACGAUAAUUGCCUAUUUGACGUCUUCGAUUCGCAAUGAUCCGUUUGCAACCCGUUUGAAUACCUUCGAGCUUAGGAACCGCGUCCGAACGACAAAAUACCACUUGCUAAGGGAGGGACGGUAUUAUCCCCUGACUGCCUCUCUGCUUGACCGUUCAGUUCUGACAGUUCUUUAUCUUUUCUUAUUCAGGCGAACAAAUGUUCGACGGCCCACUGUCCACCUCAUAGCUACUGUCAGAAUGGAUUUGGGGAAAAAGGCUUUCGAUGUCAAUGCCACUUCGGAUUCACCGGAAAGGAUUGCGACCGGAGUAAGUGAAAUCAUUUAUUGUAUGUUAUUUUAUUUCAUUUCAUUUAUUACUUUCUCGUACAUUAUGAUUGUUAAUGUCUAUUUUAGGUGUUAAUUUCUAAUUUAUUUAACUAAUUAUUGCCUGCCACUUAUAAGUAAUCUUAACAAUGUUUCUUUCCCUCAAAACUCUAAUUAAUAUAAUAUAUUAAAGCAAAAAGAAGAGGAAGUGGCCUCUUGUUAAUUUCCGCGCCGGUUUUUUUUUUUUCUAAUUUUUUUUUUAUUUUCUCUUUUUCCAAAAGAUCGAUGAUCAAAUCUCUUUUUUGUCUUUAUUUAGUUGCGUGGGUUAAGUUGAACGUCGAUGCUGUGUGUUUUGGAACACGAGAUGACAGCUAUGGUGUCUUCAAUGUCACUCAAGGGGGAUACAUUGGUGCAUUGAAGCUUGUUCACCUCUAUGGUUUUCUGAGGUGCUAUCCAGGAAGUCCCAUCUCCUACUGGGGAUGUAUAAGUUCCCAUUAUGGUGACAAGACACUGAUGACAUUCAUUUCGCAUCCAGACGAACGAAGCAUACUUCUCCCGCGACCAAACACAACUCAAAUGGGUGGCCCUUGGGGAGGCUGUGAUAACGACUUCACCUACAAGCUUGACAGGUUUAAUGAUGUCUCUCCCGAAAUCAUCUUUAACACAACAUCGGACCCAUUGCAAGUGUCUCUGAAUCAGCAGUUUUGGAUUUGGUUUGGUCAGGACUUCGCGGAUUGCAGUGAAGGGAAUAACCGUGGAGAGAGCUGCGUGGAUGUAUUCGGGUGGUAUAUAGCAUGA